UGCUCCUUUGUGUACUCCCCAUACGGCCCCCUGCCCGACAACAGAAACACGCGCGUUGGAAAAAUACGUCCGGCUUUUUAAAUCGCCGAACUUUUUGACGGAAAUUCGCAGCCAUGGCACGGAGCUGUGGUGUGAGCCACUGCAGAAACAACAAGGUCAAGCACCCAAAUAAGCGAUUCUUCCGCAUCCCCCGCGUCAUCUCCCACCGCGGCACGCAGGACGAGCUUCUGACCACCCGCAGACGAAUGGCAUGGAUCACCGUUCUCACCCGCACAAGGAACGAUCUCACCCAAAAGAGGCUGGACAACACUGACAUUUGCGAGGAUCACUUCGUUUCAGGCAAACCGGCCCAUUUCAAAAAGGUCUGUGACGUGGAUUGGGCUCCGAGCGUCCGGCUUUUCAACAACCCUGACGACGAAAAGAAGACGUCGAUAAUUGGAGAGAAGCUGCUGACCCAGCUGGAGCAAAGGGUCAAGGCCCUGACGGAGAAUAACAAAGGUGUCGACUCUGAGGAAAAUGUAGACAAGGAGGAGGAGGACGAAAAUUAUUUGCGAGACACAGAGACAGACGAAGAAGGGCUGAAUUCCUCAGGAGACAAGGAAAUGCCCUUGGAGGAAAAGCACGAGAAUCAACUUGGUCUCGACAAAGAGGUCAUCAAGGAGAACAAGGAGGUGGUGCCGGACAGUACCUGCCCGGACCCGGAGGAGAACGACGAGAAUCGUCCUGAUGCUAUUAGCAAGAUGGAAGUGGAGAAGGUCGAAACCAACUCAGACAACACCUUCAAGGAACCGUUGCCCUUGAAGAAGCAAAAGAAGGUGGUGCAGACCAAGAAAAAGCAAAGCAGCAGGUCGUCCGAACGAAACAGAGUUUGGAGCAACUUCUUCAAAAACACAAUUUUCUGUUUGGACCUCGAGAUCACCAGCACGGUGGACUUCGACUGAAGAAUCAUUAGUUUUUAAUUUUCAUAAGAAUUUAUUGCGAAGACUGUGAGAAUAGAAAUUAAUGCAUUUCCCUCUGGUUGUUACAACAACUUGUCACGUUUCUUCCUUUUUUUUUACCUUUACUCUACAAUUACGUAACACUCAUCCAAGAGCAAUUUGUGAAUCUAUUAUAAAUAACAUAUUUCUGAAGAUGUUUAUAUAAAUAUUUGAUUUAUACAGUUCUGAUAAGUAUUAUUAAGUAUUAUAUGACUUUGAUUAAUAAAUAUUUGAUAAGAUUCA